AUGCAGAUCUCCAAUCUCUUAUCUUCACAAACUCUUGCAAUACGACCAACGCAUCAUUUGAAGCCUGUAGAAGCCACAAAAGCACACUACAACUCAAUAAUGCCACAGGAUCAUCACAAGAUACAAGUUUUCAAGUCACUAGAGAGUUGGGCUUCGCAGCGAGUUCUGCCAUUGUUGAAACCAAUGGAACAAAGUUGGCAACCACAAGACUUUUUGCCUGACUCAUCAUUAUCGUUGGAAGAUUUCAAUGAUCAAGUAAAGGCGUUGCGUGAUCGGAUGGCUGAGAUUCCAGACGAGUAUUUUGUAGUGUUGGUGGGUGAUAUGAUCACAGAGGAAGCUUUGCCUACGUACCAGACCAUGUUAAACAACAUGGAUGGAGUAAGAGACGAGAUGGGAUCGAGUCCAUGGGCUAUAUGGACUCGAUCUUGGUCUGCUGAGGAGAAUAGACAUGGCGAUUUGCUCAGAGCUUAUCUCUAUUUGUCCGGUAGAGUUGAUAUGUUGAUGAUCGAAAAGACCAUUCAGUAUUUGAUUAGGAAUGGCAUUGAUCCAGGAUUUGAGAACAAUCCUUACUUGGGAUUUGUAUACAAAUCAUUUCAAGAGCGAUCCACUGCUAUCUCACAUGGCAACAUAGCUCGUUUAGCUAAGGAAGGUGGUGAUCUAGUGCUUGCACGCAUAUGUGGCACCACUGCUGCUGAUGAAAAACGUCAUGAAAAUGCUUACACAAGGAUUGUGCAGAAGCUUCUAGAAGUGGACCCCAAUGGAGCAAUGCUAGCCAUUGAAGAAAUGAUGCACAAGAAAAUCACUAUGCCUGCCCAUCUCAUGUACGAUGGGCAAGACGACCACAUGUUUCAACAUUUCUCUCAUGUUGCCCAACGACUCGGGGUGUACUCGACAAAUGAUUAUGCAGACAUCUUGGAGUUUUUGAUCGGAAGGUGGAGAUUAGACAAGUUGGAGGGUUUAACGAGCGAUGCAAAACGUGCACAGGAUUUUAUGUGCGGACUAGCACCUAGGAUUAGGAAGAUCCAUGAAAGGAGCGAUGAUGUCUUGAAGAAGGCAAUGGAAAACGUUGACCACCCUGGUCAUGUUUAG